AUGACUGUCAGCAACGGAGACGCAAAACCCGCAGAGGUAUCUGUCACCUCCAUCACCGGUGCCACCGCCGUGCCGUCUUUGAUCAAGCAGAUCAGUGCUCUGGGUGAUAACUUUGACGAGAACACCAGCGAUGAGACUCGUCUGAGUCUGUGCCUGAAGGCUAGGGCCCUGUGGAAGGCUCUUGAGGCUCCCCCAGCCGAAGUCGUCAAAGCCAAAGACAUCGCUCCUUCCAUCCUGUGCCGCCUGAUGAAGCACCUUGCUGUCAUGGGAUACCUGAAGGAGCUCGGCCCCGACACCUACGAGCGAACCAACAAUUUCGCCGAAGCCAUGGCCGUCCCCAUCAUCGGCGAUGACUACCCUACCAUCUCAGGAGGCUGCGACGCUGCCCUUGAACAGUUUUCCAAAUGA